AUGAAUAGACAGGCAGAAAAUUCAAAGCUAUUGUCAAUAAGAUCAAGAAAAUCAACACCUUCUUCCCGAAGGAUCUGGACUCCAGCAGAAGAAAGUGCUCUUUUAGAUGGUUUAAAAAAAUUGUGUGCUGAUGGUUGGCGAGCUGAUAAUGGAACCUUUAGGCCGGGAUACUUGAUGGAAUUAGAGCACUAUUUGCAUGAACGUCAUCCUAGUAGUCAAUUGAAAGGUGAACCACAUGUUAAUAAUAAAGUAAAAGCGUGGAAGAGAUGUUAUUCAAGCAUAAGUUUACUAAAGAGUCGAAGUGGUCUGGGAUUUCAAUAUAGUGAUGGAACCAUAAUUGUUGACGAUCCAAAACAGUGGGAUGACUUUAUAAAGAUGGAUCCAAAAGCAAAAAGCAUGAAAACUAAGAAAUGGCCGAUGUUUGAGGAUUGGGAGGAAAUUUUUGGCAAGGAUAGAGCGACAGGAGAGUACGCAGAAGGGCCGCUAGAUGCUGGUGAGGAUAUUCUAAGGAGUCAAGCUUCAGGACUUUCUAAUGACAUGAGCUUAGGAUGGCCUAUUGUUGUUGAUGAUGAAGAAGAAGAUGAUGCUCGUGAUGGACCUAAUAUAGCUACUGGAGAAGCUAAAAAUGAAAAUGCUUAUGAUGGACCUAGUUUUACUGGAGCAUCUGAAAAGGAAGAUGCUAGAGCAUCUGAACAAGAAUGUGCUGGAGCAUUUGAAAAUGAAUAUGCAGGAUUCCAACAAAAUCAUAAACAAGGUGAGCAUGCUAAUAGGUCCUCUUCUAAUUUUAAUGAAAAAGAGAAAAGCAAGAAAAGAAAAAGGGUUGUGGAGGAUUCUAGUGAGAUAUUUCUUAAGGGUAUGACAGAAGUUAUGAAAAUUUUUAUUGAACGUCAAGAUAAAAGAAUGGGUGCCUUGAUUGAUAAGAUUGGGAAUCGUGACCGAUCCGAUAUUUGUGGUGAAAUUUAUUCCAUCCUUGAGUCUCCCGCAUUUGAGUUGUACUCUGUAUAA